AAAAAAACAUUUCAGGUUCAUCAAGCGUGCGGCUGGCGAGCAACCCAUCACCACAAAUUCAGCAAGCCGCAGCAGAACUAAACAGAAUUCAAAUAGCCAUGGCCGACUUCAACGAAUACCCAGCAAACCUGUCAGUCAAAGACGCCCUCAUCGUCCGCCAAGUCGCCGAACCAGACCAUGCCGUCGUCCCCUACACCGGCGAGGAUCUAAGCCGACCACGACUCGGGCCCGCCAACCCUUUCCGCGACGAUACCGACUCGGCUCCUACUGCGGUUGGCACCAAGAGGAAGAACGUCCUGACCGGUACUGCGGCCGAGACCUACAUCAGCGAACACACCUUCCGCUCCAAGCACCGUGCCAUCGAGCGCGGCGGCGGUCCCGCACGCGAACAACUGGGGAGCACCGCCAAGAAGGCGGCGGCUGCGAAGCUGAGGCAACAGAGAGAGGGGAAAGGCAGCGCGACGAUUGCGGAUGGCGAUGGGGCCUACGUCGGGCCAUGGGCGAGGUACAAGAAGCAGGAAUAUGAGGAGGUGAAUGAAGAGGAGCUGGGGAGUGAUGAGGAGUAUGAGAUCGUCGAAGAAGAAGAAGGGGAGGAAGAGGAAGACGUGGUAGAGAGCGGGACGGUCGUCAAGGCGCCGACGAAGAACCUGGCGCGGAGGAAAGAGGUGGAAGAGCAGGGUGCGGAGACGACGACGUUCCAUGGCACCGAGGAAUUCGAUUAUCUCGGCCGCACAUACAUGCAUGUUCCGCAGGAUCUGGAUAUCAGUCUCACCAAGGACGUCGGGAGCGUCACGAACUUCAUCCCCAAGAAGCACAUGCAUAGUUGGAGGCACCAUGCCGGCAAGCCGAUCACGGCGUUGCAGUUGUUUCCCAAGUCAAGUCACUUGGGUCUGUCGGGCAGCACGGACAGCACCAUCAAGAUCUUCGAUGUCUAUCGCAAUCGCGAGCUGUUGCGGACGUAUGCGGGCCAUUCAAAGGCUAUCACCGACUUGUCGUUUAACAGGGACGGCACCAAGUUCCUUUCGGGCUCGUUCGACAGAUGGAUCAAGUUGUGGGAUACAGAGACGGGACAGUGUGUCAACAGGUUCAACACGGGCAAGACGCCGCAUGUCAUCAAGUUCAACCCGUCGGUGGAUCAGGGUCACGAGUUCUUGGCGGGCUUGUCGGAUAACAGGAUUGUGCAGUACGAUAGUCGUGCGGGAGCGGAUCCAGUGCAGGAGUACGAUCACCACUUGGGCGCCAUCAACACUCUCGAAUUUGUGGACGAGAACAGGCGGUUCAUGUCGACGUCAGAUGACCGCUCGUUGAGGGUAUGGGAGUAUGGAAUUCCUGUCGAGAUCAAGACUAUCAGUGAACCCGACAUGUUCGCCCUCACCAAAUCCACUCAGCACCCUUCGGGCAAGUACGUCCUCUACCAAUGCUCCGACAACUCCAUCGUCGCCUACUCGUCGGCCUCGGACAAGUUCCGCCAAAACCGCAAGAAGUCCUGGCGCGGCCACAACACCGCCGGCUCCGGCAUCGGGCUGGUCUGCAGUCCCGACGGGCAGUUCGUCGCUUCGGGCGAUACCGGAGGAUAUGUCUGUUUCUGGGACUGGAAGACGUGCAAGAUGUACCACAAGAUCCACGCGGACACGAGUGGUGGAGCCAUCAACUGUGUGGCUUGGUCGGAGCAGGAGACGAGUAAGGUGUUUACGGCGGGAGCGAAGGGUGAGAUUAGGAUGUGGGAUUAGACACUGUCCGGUGUCGUGGGUCAUUGGGUCAUUGGGCCAUUUGGGGGGUUUUGAUGGCUGUCGUCAGGGAUAUCGGCAAAGGAAGAAGAUUGGAGCGUCUCGGGUGAGAGCAGGCAAAGAAUGAGCGAUCGGAAAAAGAUAUUUACAGCAUUGCUUGGCGUUGGGAGAAACAUGUCGGUAAUAAUGGGAUUGGAUUGGCUUUUCAAGUGCAAAGACUUGAUUUUGGAGCAGCAGCAGACACCAAGCAAGACACCGGCGAACAGCCGAUAUUGAUCAUCCAUUCCUGGGCUUUGAUUUGUUUUCGUUCAUUCGAUUGAACUAUAUACUGGAUGUGGAAUGAAAAUGUGACAGUGACUGGUCGACCGAGUAUCUUCUUGGGAUGCAGAUCAAUCCAAGUCAUUCA